AUGCAAUUUCUACCACAUGAAGUUCAACUUGAUGUAUUAAAAUGUUUUAAUUUUAAUCAAUUAAUUUCUUUUAAAUUAACAAAUGUUUACUUUAGCAAUUUAAUUAAAAAAUAUGAGGGGGAAUUGGCAAGAAUGAAAUUCAAAGGACUUUGGAUAUUGAAUAAUAAUGAUUUUCGAGGAUUUAGACACAUUAACCGUCAAUCUGGAGCUUUCGAAUUUACUUUAAAUGAUCAACUUUUGAAUAAGCAACGAUAUCUAAAUCAAUUCCGUUGUUUUCACAUGAAUUUGGCAGAAAAUUAUUCUGUAUAAGAAUGGAAGGUUUGAAACAAU